UUCCGUAUUGACCCACGUUUUUGCCUUUCUAACCGUAGAUAGACUGUAGAGUUUUUUGAUUAAAGUCGGUUUGAAAUCUCAUCAUGAGGCCACUAACGGACGAAGAGACAAAAACGAUGUUUGAGAAGCUGUCGAAAUACAUCGGUGAAAACAUUAAACUUCUGGUGGACCGACCUGACGGCACCUACUGUUUUAGGCUACACAAUGACCGCGUGUACUACAUGAGCGAGAAAAUUCUCAAGUUGGCCACAAACAUUUCCAGGGACAAGCUCGUGUCCGUGGGGACAUGUUUUGGAAAGUUCACAAAGACUACUAAAUUCCGCCUGCACAUCACAGCUCUGGAGUUCCUGGCGCCUUAUGCAAAGUUCAAGGUGUGGGUGAAACCUGGAGCGGAGCAAUCUUUCCUGUAUGGGAACCAUGUGCUAAAAUCUGGGCUUGGGCGAAUCACUGAGAACACCAUGCAGUACCAGGGAGUUGUAGUCUACUCCAUGGCGGAUGUACCUCUGGGGUUUGGAGUGGCAGCAAAGACUACCCAGGAGUGUCGGCGAGUAGACCCCAUGUCUAUCGUAGUGUUCCACCAGGCGGACGUCGGAGAGUUCAUCAGGAAUGAAGACACGUUAACAUAAAGACGCUCAACAGCUGGACUGUGAAAUUCCCUUUUUCUUAACCCUUUUCAUACCCAGACACAUCCAUUAAAAUUUACACACAGAACAGUUGUUUUCUUCAAACAGAAGUGGUUGGCUCUAAGGGCUUGAUUCAGUGGCACCUACAUAGAGUGCCGCAGGGAUAAUGUUUUUCUGUAGGUCAACCCAGAAGCUAACAUCGCCCUGGUUCCCUUGUCAAAAAGUUUCUUGG